GUGAUUUGAUGCCAGAGAGGAGAGGGCGGUGAGUCAGCGGAACACGUUAUAUUUAUCUCCGCUUCACUCGCGGUAUAAUGGCCGUACAACCGAUAGACUGCCAAUACUAACCAAUACGAACCAAUACGAACCAAUAGUCUUUGAUUGACGAACCGUCGAGCCCGGCUCUGAGGAAACAUGCAUCGCCUCCAGCACUUUAUAUUACAUCGGUCUGCGCCGGUUCCCCUCCGGUCGACGUCGCUGUAUUCACAUGUAUGGCAGCAUGCUCGGUUUAAGACGCAGGGCCCUACGGAGCAGUACGGACUGAAACGGUUCAGCACGGCAGAGGCCACCGUGGAGACGAGCGACCCGGCCAGGAUGCGGGAGAAGACCCUGACCAUGGCGACCCUAAACCCGCAGGUGAAGGCGGUGGAGUACGCCGUGAGAGGACCCAUCGUUAUUAAGGCGGGAGAUAUAGAGAGGGGGCUACAGCAGGGAGUGAAACAGCCUUUCACUGAGGUCAUCAAAGCCAACAUUGGUGAUGCCCACGCCAUGGGCCAGCAGCCAAUCACCUUCGUCCGUCAGGUGGUGGCUCUGUGCUGUUUCCCAGAGCUGUUGGACAGUCCGGCUUUCCCUGAUGAUGCCAAGCAACGAGCCCAGCGCAUCCUACAGGACUGCGGAGGACACAGCUUAGGCUCGUACAGUGCCAGCCAGGGAGUGGAGUGUGUCCGCAAGGACAUCGCUGACUACAUAACACACAGAGACCAGGGCGUACCCUCUGACUGGAACAACAUCUACCUCACCACAGGCGCCAGUGAUGGCAUCAUGAGCAUCCUGAAGCUGCUAGUAUCGGGUCAGGGCCGCUCCAGGACAGGUGUGAUGAUCCCCAUCCCUCAGUACCCGCUGUACUCUGCAGCCAUCUCAGAGUUAGAGGCAGUGCGCAUUAACUACUACCUGGAUGAGGCCAAUUGCUGGGCGCUAGAUAUUGAGGAACUGCAGCGAGCUUACCUGACGGCCAAGGAGCACUGCCAGCCCAGAGUCCUCUGCAUCAUCAACCCUGGAAACCCCACCGGUCAGGUGCAGAGUAAGAAGUGUAUAGAGGAGGUGCUCCACUUCGCCUAUGAGGAGAAUCUGUUUGUCAUGGCUGACGAGGUUUAUCAGGACAACGUUUACUCCUCAGACUGUCAGUUCCACUCCUUUAAGAAGGUCCUCUAUGAGAUGGGCCCUGAGUACUUCAACAAUGUGGAGCUGGCCUCCUUCCACUCCACCUCCAAGGGCUAUACCGGAGAGUGUGGUUUCCGUGGAGGCUACAUGGAAGUGUUGAACAUGGAUACACAGGUGAUGGCCCAGCUAGUCAAACUGCUGUCCGUUCGCCUCUGCCCCCCCGUCUCUGGACAGGCCGCAAUGGACGUCAUAGUGAAUCCCCCCAGAGAGCAUGAGCCCUCGUAUGCUCAGUUUACCAAGGAGAAGAGCUCAGUCCUCGACGCUCUGGCUCACAAGGCCAGCCUGACGGAGCAAAUCCUAAACUCGGUGCCUGGUAUCAAGUGCAACCCAGUCCAAGGAGCCAUGUAUGCCUUCCCUCAGAUCUUCAUCCCACCACGUGCAAUUCAGGAAGCCCAGUCUGUGUCUAUGGCUCCUGACAUGCUGUACUGCCUCAAACUGCUGGAGGAAACUGGUAUCUGUGUGGUCCCAGGCAGCGGAUUCGGCCAGAAGGAGGGAACCUAUCACUUCAGAAUGACCAUCCUUCCGAGCCCAGAGAAGCUCAAAGUCCUCCUGGAGAAGCUUAAGGAGUUCCACCUCAGAUUCCUUGAGGAGUAUUCACAACCGGAACCUCAGAUCACCAGCCAAGACCAGCACAGAGAAAUGUCAAAGCAACCAGACUGAUGGCCCACAGGCUUACUCAGAAUGAUCUAUUUGAAUAGACAGCUUGUGUAAUGUUGAUAUUGCUUUGAGUUUACUCUUCGUUUUUAAGGAUUUGUGUUACAGAAAUGUGUGCCUUCCCCCCAGAGGAUAUUUAAAGAGGCAAUGAAUCCUCUACCAGACUAGACGUGUGGCCCUCUCCCAAGAGCCCUGAAUAAGAGAAAAGACAGUAUAGCGACGCAGGAAGUAGUUCUUCAUGCUCUCAAGAACCUUGCAUUCAGCCAUCUGCUCUUUCCCUUCCACACACAUCCUUUUCAUGCUUAGGCCAAGGAUUUCACACAUCAGCUUGUUACACACAUAGUAGGCGUAUGAGGAGUUGUGUGCCUCUGUAAAUGUCUCUGUAAAAGUGCAGCCACAAUGUUUUUCAAAUGUACUUUUUCUGUUUGUUUUGGUUAUGCCUUACAUAGCAUUAAAUAAUACAUAUUGUGCCACUGGUAUGUAGCCAUGGAGAGAGUUUGGUUUCAAUUGUUUUUAGAUAUCAGUCUCUAAGAAUUCUGCCUCCACUCUAGUAGUGAAUCUGAAUGGAAUUGUGUUUUAUGGUGAUUACAGAAACUAAACCUAAACAACAAAAUGGGUUAUUUUGCCCUCCAAAAUGACCAAAUCUUUUUUUGUUAUAUCAAAAAGUGACUAUAUCAAAUGUGGCAUGAGUGUGUUCUGAUCAGUUGCCUCUGUGGUUACGGUUUGGUUUAGGAAAGUAAAACUAUGUAAUGUUUGGAAAAGAUGUUGGUCAUGGUUGACUGUUGGACAGACAGGAUAUUAAAUCAGUCCCUCCAGGAAGUUGGCACAAACGUUGUUAAUCACUGCAACUUUUCUGCAAUUUUCACCAAUCAUAACAGUCCCUGGUGCAAAAGGUUGAGCCAUACUUCACCAAACUACUAGCAAUAUUCUCUGAAACAAGUUGCCUUUUUAAU